CCCUCAGGCACUUGGGGAGAGACGGAGGAUCAGAUCUGUGAUUCCAUUGAGCCAGGGCCAGGCAACAGGAAGAGAAGAGGAGGGGAGUCCGAUGCCAGUCUUGUGGCCCAUCCUGCCUUCCGGGUCGCCUGCCCUCAUCACAGGAGAUAAGGGCAAAAGGUCUUGCUGCUCCCAGUGAAGAGGAUGGCUGUGUUCCUCCGAAUCUCCUCCAAGAAGUGGGGCCUCUCGCCUGUGGCUGGGCUGGUGAGGCUUGCCCAUCAGGCCAUUUCAAAUGAGGGGAAAGGAGACACCUACAGCUAUGUCAUUGUCGGGGCUGGCUCCGCCGGCUGUGUGCUGAGCCACCGGCUGUCAGAAGAUUCCAGCAGCACCGUGCUGACCCUCGAGGCGGGGCCCAGAGACAUCUUCGUGGGCAGUAAGCGGUUCAUGUGGAAGAUCCACAUGCCUGCGGCCCUGGUCUCCAACCUCUGCGAUACCAAGUACAACUGGUAUUACCAUACCACGCCUCAGAAGGGGCUGAACCAGAGAGUCAUGUACUGGCCCCGGGGCCGCGUCUGGGGAGGCUCCUCCUCCCUCAAUGCCAUGGUUUACGUCCGUGGACACGCGGAGGACUACAACCGCUGGAGUAAGGAAGGGGCCGCGGGCUGGGACUACGAACACUGCCUGCCUUAUUUCCGCAGGGCUCAGACUCACGAGCUGGGCGCUGACCGGUACCGGGGAGGGGAGGGCCCCCUGUACGUAUCCAGGGGCAAGAGUAACCAUCCCCUGCACCGCACCUUUCUGGAGGCAGCCCAGCAGGCAGGCUACCCUUUCACCGAGGACAUGAAUGGUUUCCAACAGGAAGGCUUUGGCUGGAUGGACAUGACGAUCUACAAAGGUCUUCGAUGGAGUACUGCUAGUGCUUACCUCCAUCCUGCCCUGGCCCGACCCAAUUUGACGGCAGAAUCCAGAACCUUUGUGACCAGAAUUCUGUUUGACAGGACCAGAGCUAUUGGCGUGGAGUACGUGCAGAAUGGCCAGAAGAAAAAGGUUUAUGCUAGCAAGGAGGUGAUUCUGAGUGGAGGAGCCAUCAACUCACCCCAGCUGCUCAUGCUGUCUGGAAUUGGGAACGCAGAUGACCUCAAGAAACAUGGGAUCCCUAUUGUUUGUAAUCUUCCCGGUGUGGGCCAGAACCUGCAGGACCAUUUGGAGAUAUACAUCCAGCAGGAAUGCACUCAGCCCAUCACUCUGUACUCAGCCCAGAAGCCUAUUCGGAAGAUGUCCAUUGGGCUGGAGUGGCUCUGGAACUUUUCAGGGUGGGGAUCUACUGCCCAUCUUGAAACUGGUGGCUUCAUCCGGAGCCGUCCUGGUAUUCCUCAUCCUGACAUUCAGUUCCACUUCUUGCCUUCUCAAGUGAUUGACCACGGGCGAGUCCCGAUCCAGCAGGAAGCGUAUCAGGUGCAUGUGGGGACCAUGCGGAGUAUGAGUGUGGGCUGGCUGAAACUGAGAAGUGCCAACCCCAUGGACCACCCAAUUAUUGAACCUAACUACAUGUCAACAGAAGAAGACAUUCAGGAGUUCCGUCUGUCUGUGAAGUUAACCAGAGAAAUUUUUGCCCAGAAAGCUCUGGAGCCAUUCCGGGGCCGGGAGCUCCAGCCUGGAAGUCAUGUGCAGUCCGAUCAAGAUAUCGAUGCCUUUGUCAGGGCAAAGGCUGACAGUGCCUAUCAUCCUUCGUGCACGUGUAAGAUGGGCCAGCCCUCUGACCCCACCGCAGUUGUCGAUCCUCAGGCCAGAGUCAUUGGUGUGGAAAACUUGAGGGUGGUGGAUGCAUCUAUAAUGCCCAGUGUGGUCAGUGGCAACCUCAACGCACCCACCAUCAUGAUAGCAGAGAAAGCCUCUGACAUGAUCCGAGGGCUUCCGGCACUCUGUGACAAGGCUGUUCCCGUCUACAGGCCCAGGACCUUGGAAACCCAGCGAUAAGACCUGACGUGGCCCUGGCAAGGGAGUGUCCGAAGGAGAGUUUAUCUUUAAGAAAGCAGGCCCAACAAUGGCUUGACCUUAUUUACUGACCCAAAGCCAAAUUCUGGAACAAUUUUGGACAUAGAUACUGGCCCAUAUGGAUGCAAACUGCUGGCUAGGCCAGCCUUCUCCAAAACAGACUUUGCAGAAGACCUGUGUAUGACCUAUAAAUGAGGUGAUUUCCCCCCCCCCCCCCAGCCAAUGCUGGUUAUUUCUCUUUUAAAAGAAAUCUCAUUUCAGAUGUGUGGCCUAGAAACAGACCCAAAAGGCAGGUAAUUCAGGUAGCUAAUGACCUCAUCUUGAAGUCCACCCCAAUGACGACCUCAACUAGGAAAAACACUCACCAGUGAAACAUUAUCUUUUUCAAGAUCCCUGCCUGGGUCAGAGCCCAUCUGUGGGACAAGAGCAAUCCAGGGAUAUUCUGGGUCUCCUGAGAGGAGGACUGUGGGCUCCUCUUUAGAUCUUCCUUACCUUAAUUCCACCCUCCCACCCCAGGGAUGGCUUCUGCCUUUGUCCACAGGGAGAUCACCCAGGGCAGGGGAGGGCAGUCAGGGCAUCUGUACUCAUCCCCAUGGAGCUGGCUUAGUCCUCUAUACCUCAACAUUAGCUGUUGGGAUCACUGCUGGCUCCUUAGUCUUACAGAGCAGGCCCCUACUCUAGUAGAAUGUAAGGAACUUGAGGACAGGGAGGGCUUCACUUUUUGUCAUUUCUGAGACCAGGACCCAGCACAUUGCAAUGCAUAUAGUAGACAAAAUGUUUAUUGAAUUGGAUGGAAAGAUUCCAUGGAAGUGAUUGCCUGAAGAAUGUGGUAUCAGACCUGAGGGGACCAGUCUUCUAAUUCACAUUUUACUUGGUGAAAAACAGCCUUGAAGACCUGGCCCUUAUCCUUCCCUCUGUGGCCUUGGGCAAAUCUCUUUUUAUGAACCUGUUUCCGUCGAGUUCUCCCCAUCCCCCACCUUGUAGGAUUAGAGGUGGGCUGGGUUGGGGAGGGGGGCUGUCUGAGGACCAAAUGAGACAAAUGCAUGUGAAAGUGUUUUCUACAAAGCCCUACGACAGCCAUCGGGUAUUUUGGGUUCCUUCUAGCUAAGAUUCACAUAGUGCUUUGAGGUUUGGAAGACAGCCAACACAUAUUACCUCAUUCAGGUACUAAAUGGAGGUCUUGGCUUCUUAAAAACUCAAUGGAAUUUGCAGCCUUGGGAACCAUGUACAUACUCACAGACACACAGACACAUAUGCACACAGAGCCGGUGAGGUUUGAACUGAAGCUCAGGGACCAUGUAAGCCUACCAGGCCUGAGCUGUGCUUUCCUUUUGGACACCUUCCUCCACCCGUGGUCAUCCAGCCUUGGCUUGAAGACCCCCCAGCGAUGGAAAACCAUGCCAACCCAUUCCAUCUCUGGAGACCUUGACUUGCUAGGAGGUUUUCCCUUAUACGGAGCUGUGAUUUCAACUCAUUCAUGAAGUUAGCUCUUCGUCAGGUAUAGGUUGAACUGGGUGACCUUGAAGGCCCCUUCCAGCUCUUAGCUGCUGUGAUACUGGAGAACUGGGCCACCAUCUCUGCCAGGCAUGGCACAGUCCAUGGGUACCAGACUGCUGGGACUCCUUAGCAGAAAUCAGUCUUUGGACCUGAAAAUACCAGGCCUGAGCUCUAUCAUGUCUUCAUUAGGAGGAUCUUGGGUUUUUUUGGGGGGGGGGAGAGUUGGGAAGAGUUCUCUUGCAUCAGUCAGCUGGGCUUUCUGGGAUAGCCAUAGUCUGGACCCUCAAGCAGCAUCCACCUCAUUCCACAGAACCAGGUACCCCGAAAACUUCCCUUGUCUGUCGAUUUCAGAUGUGAAUUUCACUCCAGUCUGUUAGCAAUAGAACAAGGAGCUACUCACCAUUAGUGGGUGAUCUCAAGUGAGAAUCUCCUAGAGUUCACAGGAUAUCACCAUAGCAUAUCAUGGACUCUUAACGUGAACAGAUAAAACUGAAAUUUGAAUUAAAUGAAUAAAAUAGGAGUCAAUAAA